GUAACUAUUGUCCAUAAAGUCGGCCAUCCAUUGACUGCGAUAUUUACAUACGAGUAUACGAGUUUGUAUACCUUCAAAAUGCGACCAAAAUACAAGACCAUGUCUGCAGUCUUACGUUAAUCAAUUAUCCAGCAGUAAUAGUCUAGUUGUUUCAGCACUUGUGCAAUAACAGAAGACGCCAGCAUGUGGCACGAGGCGAGGAGAGUUGAGAAGCAACUUCGCGGGAUGAUGGUGAACUACAAGAAACGAGCCGAAAGACGGCGCGCUUUUUAUAACAAGAUGGUCGAAACAAGACUCAACACAGCUAAUCCGUAUAUAUGGCCACUCUUGCAAGAUACACAUUGAUGCACAGGUAGCUGCUGCCGCCGAAAGCAAGUCUGUCAUGAUGCCGUGGCAAGGGAAUUCUGAUAACAUGAUUGACAGGUUUGAUGGCCGAGCCCACCUGGAUUUUAUUCGAGAGCACUCCCAUGAUGAGCAAGCUGGUCCACUAAUGGAAACAGAUCCAGAAGAACAACGGCUGAACUAUGAAAGAUAUAGAUCACUGAUCAUGAUAGAUCAUAGUGGAGCAACUGAAGAGGCUUACUUGCAGCAACUUGCGAAUGAGGAAAUGUUCCCAAAGAAGGAGAAUGAGAUGGCAAAAGCAAGAAAAGAAAAGAGCUUAGCCAAAGCCAAGAUCGGGUAUACUUAUGACAGCGGGGCUACUUUGACUGCUGGAGAUAAUGCAAAUGAUGAAGAUGAAGACGGCGAUGACGAAAGUGACUCUGAUAGUGAUAUUAGUGACCUAGAUGUUACUGUUGACGUUGAUGAGAUUGGGAAAGAGGAGGCAGAAGAGCUUGACACAUGUGCUAUCAAGUAUGGAAUGGGACCAGUGCAGUUUUGUCGUAAACUAAAAGCUGACAAACUUGAGGCUGAAGAGCAGAGAAGACUGAAAGCAAUAGAGGAUGAAAAAGCAGCUUCUGGAGGUAGUCGUGCACGGAGGCGGGCUAGGGACAGGAUUAUAGCUCAAGAGAAAAGAAUGACUCACACCUCCCCUCCCAGCUAUGCAAGACGAGCCAGUCCUACUUAUGAAGAUCACAGACGUUCCAGCUCUAGAUCUCCGUCAUCUUCGUCCUCACGAUCGCGAACUCCCGAGGACGCCCCGGCUCAAGUAGAGUUCAUUACUGAAUUCUCUGCUCCUACAGAUACCAGCUCCGGCAGUGAUCACCACUCUCGGUCCAAGUCCUCCCGCACUAAGUCAAGAGACCGAGAUCGUGAACGUCACAGACGACGGCGGAGUCGAUCACGUGGCAGGUCGCGUGAAAGGUCACGUGAUCGCGAUCGCGCCCGCCAUUCGCGGGACAGAUCACGUGAUAGGAGCAGGCGCCGUAGUAGAAGUCGUAGCAAAGACGAGCGACGUCACGAUCAACGUGAUUCUGGCCGUGAACGAGAUUAUCGUGAACGGGAACGUGAUAACCGUGAGCGUGAUAGCCGAGACCAUCACUAUAGUGAUCGCUCCUCCAAAGAGUCCGCCCGCGCUAAGGACAACGCAAAGGCCUCGGCUAAAUUGUUGAGUCUCAGCAAAGAUAAAACUGCUGCGGAUGCCAAGACAGACAAGACGAAGAUGACACCACAAGAGAAAAUGAAAAGACGCAUGCAGCUCAUGCUUAAUAAACAAUUAAAGUCUGAUAGAAAAGAGGAAAGAAAGAAACGAGACGAAAAAGAGAUGGAGAGACAGGAACGUGAAGAAGACUUGAGGCACAUGCAGAAAAAGUGGCGGACCAGAGAGUGUGAUUAUAGUCGAUCUCCAUCUCCUCGCAGUAGAAGCUCAAGACACCGCAGCCGAUCCAGCUCACCUGGCAAAAGUCGUCACUCCCGAUCACCUUCUCCUGCAAGGAGUGUGCCUAUUGUAGAUAUCGAUGCCCACUCAAAAGGAGAAGAAGUCAUCCACUAUGUCUACCAGCAAUAAUAUGUGUCGAGGAUAAAUGCAUAUAACAAGACUACACUAUGAACUCUCGUCAUCAAUUUCAAACUGCUAAACCGCCUUUUUGGCUUUUUCCAUUCAAACUAACGGAAUUACAUUCGGUGCUUUUUUUAAUGGUAAGCGCCUUACGGUGGCGUGAUUUGACACCAUGUCAGAGCUGGCCAAUAAAUCCGCUUCAAGGAUUUUGAAUGUAGGUACCAGGAAGGCGAUUUAUCAGUUGGAAUUCGUCUGCAAGUGUUCGCAGAAUAUAGAAAACUGCUGUACACAUAUUCCAGAGCGACCUAGAUUAAGAAUAACUUUACAACUGAUAUACAGCUCUCUUUUUCAAAAGGAGGUUAUAUUUUCAAGAGAUGAGACGAUUACUCUAAACAUGUAUGCGCCUGUGUAUACAUGACACGCCCUUUCGUGCUUUCCCUGCUGUGAAGGAUUUGCUCACGGGUUUACUUUUAUCGCUUGUAACAUUUUAUUUAACAUUAUAUUUUUCAUAUUCUUUAACUUUCGCCGACGACUUCCAACACCCAUUGGCCAGCACUGUAAUGACCAAUCUCAAUUCUCCGCCAGGCUGAUCAAUAAAAAAAACAAAUGUUAUUCUGUUAGUGUGAAUGACUGAAGCCAGAAAGUGAAGAGAGUUGGCAGAAUUUUCAAAGGCCAAGGGUCGAUUGAAAUUGUGCAAGUGAUGCGGUGUGUCAUUCAGGGCCGUAGCAGGGGAUGGGGAAAAAUUAUAAGGGAAUGACCAGCAAGGGCAAUGCCCCCCCAAUACUUUCUACAUGUUUCUGUUGUGUGCCCCCCCCCCCCCCCCCCCCCCACCCAAUAUUUCGAGGCCUGCUACGGCCCUGCCAUUGUUGGACUUCCAAGGGCUUGUAAUAUGUAAAGUAAAACAAUUAAAUUAAAAUGUAGUAACUGUUUGAUCAAUCA